AUGAGUGAGACUAGCUCAAGCCGCAGGAGUGCGAGCAAAGACGCCGUUAGAUCGUACUUCGCUGGUAAGUACAACAAGGUGUUGGAUUCUAUACUGGAAGCAGAGGCAGCAAUAUCGAAAUCGCCUAAUAUAGCUGAAAAUUUGUCAGAAGGCUCAGCAAGUGGGAACUCUGAGAUGAGCCAUUCUUCUCUAGCCACUUCUUCCGCAACAAGCCAAGGAAUUAGCAAGAAGGAGUUACUUCAACAAAUUGCUGGUUCUCUGUUCAGUACAUCCAUUGAGCGGCUGAAGACCUCCCACUCAUCUGAUACGUCAGAUCUGCCAGAGUAUUCAGCAAAUUCUCCGUAUGAGGAGCAAGAAUGUAGUGAGUGUGAUGCGCACUUUAAAUGUUCUGCACACUUUGAAAAGGCUGCUGACUACUAUGAAGAUGAAACCGAAUUAGAACCGGCUCUAGAACCUACAACUUCCAACAGUGAAAAAGAUCCGUUUAUCGAUGUAUUUUUAGAUAAGCUGAUUUCAAGGCUGGUCCCUGAAAAAUUGCCGGAAAGGGAACAUUUUAGUAGCAACACUACAAUUGAGCAUGAUUUGGACACAGAAAGAGUCCCUGUGUUUUCUGCAACUACACUAGGUAGUAAUUUCAAGAAAUUGUCAAAGAAAAUGGGCUCGAUCUUUGAACUCCAAGACUCCAUAGUUCGUCUACUGACUUGGAGAAACCCCACGGGAACGGUGACGGCGUUAAUAUUAUUUACUUUGAUAUGUUUCAAUCCGAUGUACUUGAUAAUUUUUCCUGUCUUCCGCUUCAUUUAUGGUAUAGUAGUUCCUGGCUAUGUACGCAAACACCCUUUACAGAGAAGUAUAUAUCCUCUGAAACGGAAUCAUGGGUCAUCGUUGUUAUAUGAUGUAUGUUAUGAGGGAAAAAAUGAGUACAGUUGCGGCCAACAAUUCUUCUCUAAAUCCUUCAUGGACACUUUGGAAUCUAGGAACCAAGAAAUGGAAGAGAUAUCUGAAUUAGAUAAAAAGCCCGAAAACACACGAGAAUUAAAGCAAGGAAUGAAAGUGUUAAUUAAUUUACGUGAUAUGCAAGACAUGACUUCUGGUACCCUUCAUGUCAUCGAUGCCAUUAAUAUUUUUCUUGGAAAUUCUGCUAGUUUUCAAAACGAAGAGUACUCCACUAAACGAUUUUUUGCAGGAUUUCUUUUAGUCGUUUUCCUGAAAAUUUUAUCACCAUUGAUGAACUGGAGUUAUGUGUGUAGCGUGUCUGCUUGGUGCUUGUUGAUAUACAUGCAUCCAAGAGCUCACUUAAAAAUAGUUGAUUUUUUCAAGAGGGGAAAGAUGGGAAAAGAAUACAAAGAAUUGAAAAAGAGAGAAAAUCAGACACAUAACAUGAUAUUUGAUGAAACGCCAGAAAUUAGAUACAUUGAAAUUUUUGAAAUAUAUAGGAAGGGUUUACUGCCCGACGAGUGGAGGUUUUUUCGGUUCUCCAAUAGGAUUUUCGAUCCACAGGAUCCGUAUAGAAGAGCACAACAAUUCCCACCAGGUGUGGAUUCAUUGGCUGACGUUACUCCACCUCCACACUGGACGUUUGAUCCAAAUUUUAGCUGGAAAAUUGACAGUGAUGUACAUGGAUGGGUAAUAGAACGAGGUCUAAAUUUGCCAGUAACGGGGGACUUCCUAUUUGACCCAAUGUUCAAAAGGAGAAGGCUGAUACAUCGUGUUAUUAAGAGAGCAUCACCGGUAUCACAGUGA